AUAUCUGUGUUACAAGAAACCACUCGACUUAUCGAACAAAAACUAGCAACUAAUGGAAAGGCACUGAAGGCUUCUUUUAAUGCAGCUAAUCUUGAAAAUGAUGGAGACUUCUUGUAUUUCGUGGCUGAUGCUUCUGUUAUAGCGUUUCAAUAUGGAAAUCCGGAUAUAUUAUGCAAGCCUCUUGUUGAAGCAAAGAAGCACGGAGAUGAUUUGGUGGAAGCUUAUGACAAAUUUAUCAAAGAUUUUUUCCUUAAAUCUGAAGGUAGUACACAAAGUUAUAACCAACAGAACUUGAAGAACACUGCUAUCAUUGAAAACAGUGCUGAUAAAUUAUGGUGGUUUCAAGUUUGUACUAAAGUUGCAUACUUUCAGGUGGCUCCUUCAAAUGACAGUAUACGCUCCCACAAAGUUGACACGAGAUACCAUUUGGACCUUUGCAAAAAUGUCUUUGGAAAGGGCAUAUAUCCUGAUGUUGAUGCAACUAAUUUAUACUAUGGAGACACAAAAGUUGCUGGUUCCAAAAUAGUAUUCACAAAUGGUUCACAAGAUCCUCGGCGUCGUGCAUCUAAACAAAUUUCAUCACCCAGCAUGCCUUCCAAAGGUUGUAUUAGAGUUUAUGGAUUUAUAGCCACUUGACUCCGGUGUACGAAAUUGAGCCUCUUGAGAAGUUUACUGAUGCCCAUCUUGAUCAAUGUCUGUGGCAACAAUAGUUAUCUCUUUCCCAACUGGAUAGAGCCCGCAGAUUCGGAGCCAUCACCGUUUUGGUUUAUAAGUGAUAUAAACAAUUUGUGAAGUAUGCUACAGACCAAGUCUGAAUUGUCGAGAAGAUUGAUUUAACAACAUUAAAUGGGCUUCUCCGUUUGGUGCUAAAUCACAACACUGCAGAU